GCUCUUGUUUUUUGGCCUAAUUACAAGGAUGGUGUUCAGUUUCAGAUUGAUUGAUUCAUGGUGUUCAACCUGCAAACCUUAAACCACAAUGACAAGAUCAAACACUGAACUCCAUGAACAGCAACACCUCACCACCUUUCUCUUCUUCUUCACCAUUAUCAUCAUCCCACACUGUUCUCAUGCACAACCACAUCCACCCAUCAACACCAUUGUAGUCCUUGUGCUAGAGAACAGGUCCUUUGAUCACAUGCUUGGUUGGAUGAAAGAGUCUUUGAACCCUUCCAUUGAUGGCUUAACCGGAGCUGAAUCAAACCCCCGGUCCACAAAGGAUCCUAACUCUCCGGUCAUCUUCGUUUCCGAUGAUGCGAGGUAUGUUGACCCAGACCCUGGCCAUUCAUUUCAAGCAGUGCAGCAGCAAAUGUUUGGAGAUGGAGGAGGUGACACCAUCCCCACAAUGCUAGGCUUUGUUGAGCAAGCUUUGUCCAUGUCCUCAGAUAUGUCUGAAGCUGUUAUGAAAGGUUUCAGACCAUCUAAUGUGCCAGUCUAUGCUACUUUAGUGAAAGAGUUUGCUGUGUUUGAUAAAUGGCACUCAUCACUCCCAGGACCAACUCAGCCCAACAGACUGUUUGUCUACUCUGGGACUUCUCAUGGUGCCACAAACCAUGACAUUCUGAAGAUUCUCAGAGGGUACCCUCAAAAGACCAUCUUUGAUUCACUCCAUGAAGAUGGCUUUGACUUCGCUAUCUAUUUUCAGAGCUUCCCUUCCACACUGUUGUAUAAGAAUUUGAGGAGAUUGAAGUACAUUGUCAGCAAGUUCCACUUGUUUGAAUCCUUCAAGGAUCAUGCUAGAAAAGGGAAGCUCCGGAAUUUGAAUGUGAUAGAGCCAAGGUAUUUUGAUGUGCUUGGAGCUCCAGCGAAUGAUGAUCACCCUUCGCAUGAUGUCGCUGAAGGGCAGCGGUUGGUGAAGGAGGUAUAUGAGGCAUUGAGGUCUAGCCCACACUGGAAUCAGAGCCUUUUGAUCAUCACUUACGAUGAGCAUGGAGGGUUCUAUGAUCAUGUGCCGCCACCGAUGACUGGUGUGCCUAACCCUGAUGGUAUCAUUGGAGCAGAGCCUUUCUUCUUCAACUUUGAUCGGUUAGGAGUUCGGGUUCCGACAAUCAUGGUGUCCCCUUGGAUCAAGAGAGGCACAGUGAUGACAAGACCAACAGGGCCAUAUGAGAGCUCAGAGUUUGAGCAUUCAUCAAUACCUGCAACCAUAAAGAAGAUGUUCAACCUCACAUCUGAUUUCCUGUCACACAGAGAUGCAUGGGCUGGGACUUUCGAAAGAGUAGUUCAAGGAUUGAGCUCACCCAGAACUGAUUGCCCGGAGGUGUUACCUGAGGUUGGCCCACUGAGAAGAGCAGGGCCGGAUGGAAACAGACAAAUGUCGGAGUUCCAGAGCGAACUAGUUUCCUUGGCGGCUGCCGUAAAUGGCGAAUACUUCUGGAGUAAUUCGAACCUUGAAUACAGUAAAAAGAUGGCUGUGAAGGAAGCUGACCAGUAUGUCAGGAGUGCUUUUGCAAAGUUCUUGAGGAAAAGUAGACGCGCUGCCACAUUGGGUGCUGAUGAAUCCAGCAUUGUCUGAGAAAAAUCAUGCAUGUCUCUGUCUUCAGACUUCAUCAAACAAAAAAUGACCAAAUUAACGAUCAAAUGUAUGUAUAAGGUUAUGGCUGAAAAAUUCCAACAUCUGCUGAUGUAUGUAACAAAUUUCAGAUUUUCAAACAGGUGCAAGUAAACUGUACUGAUGUUUAUCACAGGUUCAUCCCUAGUAAAUUCUUGAAUUAAGUUCAACAUGUUUUUCA